AUGUCUCGCAUUCUUCCUGUUGCUUUAUUGGACAUUGCUGUCACACAAUGUCUUGGUCGCGCUGGAGCGCAUUCUGUGCGGAACCCCGCCAAUAUUCGCAUGAUGCACCAAGCAGCGUUGGCUACGGUCCCCGACACCCUCCCCCCGUCAAUGAGCCAUCCUCAGGCAUUCGGAAGGCUGAAGACACGCAAGGUUCGCCGGGGAACCCUUGCCGUUCGCACUGCACUAUCGAGCACCGAAUUACAGAAGCGCGUUCAAGCAUUGGAAGUCGCUGGGGCUAUCGAGCAAUCCUCUGUGGACGCGCAAUCGUACUCGGAAGAGCAACUUGUCUCCAUUUACGAAGAUCUAUUAUCCAUACCGAUGGAGGAAACCCCUACGCCCCAGUUAACGUCUCGCGAGCAAGACUUAGGGGCUGUCAAUGCCGUGGACCUUCGUCUUCUGGAAUCGGAGCCCACGCACAACCAUACAUCGCUGCUGACCGUUCUUCAGCCGGUAUCCCUGCCCGACAAGCAAACGAAAUACGGGCCAUCGCCAGAGCCGUACAAACGGGUACUAUGGAGGAUUGAGUGCUUGCUACAGCGUUUGGAGGCUGCUCAGGCUAGAGCAGGGACACACGCACCCGCAGUGUCACUAGGAGUGGUCACGGCGGCAGAAGGCGAAGCGCUGGUACGGGUUAGUGUCGAUGCUGAAGAUUUCGAAGCGGCGGAAUACUCUCUGUCUCUUAUGAAGCGGCUUGGGGUGUCUACGCCCGAACCCGUACUCAACUGCGUACUCGAAGCGUACGCCAGAAAGGGGCUCGUUUUCGAAACGGAGCAAUUCUUGACGAAUGUACUGGCUGCACCUCCGACAGAGACACAGCGGCAUCUUCACGUCAAAGCGCACUUAAGAGCAGUCGCAGCGCCGGACACGAUCCCCGAAUCAGCGUUGUCCGUCUUGCAUCACUACGAGAGCCAGCACGCACCAGCACCGAUGAACACGUACACGAUGCUCAUCACGAACCUCUUCUCGAAACACUCUGUCCUGGCACGCGCGCAGGCUUGGGAUAUCUUCACGCACAUGCGCUACGUCGCUCACCCGAACCCCGAUGCGUUCCUCUAUACAAUGAUGAUUCGUGCCUGCGCGUCGCCCUUCGCUUCGUAUCGCGCAGAGGCGGAGCGCGCGUUGGACCUCUGGACCGAGAUGACCGUGGACAAGGGACUCCCCCCUACAGUCGGUGCCUACAACGCCGUCAUCCUCGCCUGCGCGCGCUCCGGCGAGCUGUCGUAUAUCAACGAGGCGUUCCGCCUGGCGAAGCAGAUGCUCGACGCACAUCGGGAUGCCCACGGCAACUCGCAGUUCCGGCCCAACUCCAAAACGUUCUGCGCGCUGUUGGAGGGCGCUAAGCGCGUGGGCGAUCUCAAUCGGGCGCGUUGGAUAUUGGCGGAGAUGGUUCGGGUGGGGGAGCCGGAUGAGGGCGGUAGGACGAGCGUGCAGAUCACGGAGGAGGCGAUGAUGCAUCUCCUCCAUACGUACACGGCGUACACGCCACCUUUUCAUCGCGGGAUCGCUGUCCUCAAGCAAGGCGAUUCGGACACAGACGGCCCUUCCAGCGCAAGUACGAUUGUGCCUUUAUCAGAAACCUCGGUUCCGGAAAUAUGUCCAGAAUCGAACCAGGCGUCGUUCACUCACCUUCCUCCACAGAGUCGCGCCGAGGUCAUAGCCGAAGUCCAGUCUCUGUUCAGCCGAAUCCAACCCCUUGCCCCAAGGAGGACCCCAGCAUCAAAAUACGACGACGCUUUUGCUAACGUCACAGUUUCCACCCGGCUUGUUAACUCAUAUAUCUCGGUAUUCUACAGGCAUUCGUCGUUGCAGACAUCGAGGGAUCUAUUCAACCAGCUAUUCGAGCAGAUGGGCGUUAAGCGCAAUGCACGGUCCUACACCGAAGCGCUGACGAAGUGCGUUAUGUCUAAGCAGGGGGCGGAUAAAGAUGCGGCCUUGGACUUCGCGACGUCGAUAUGGGACCGGUGGCUGGCGCUGGAGCAUGAUAUGAGAGAGGAAGCUAACAGAAGCGGUAAAGUGUUCGACGGUCGUAUAGUUGAAAAGGCGCGCACAUUGAUGAUACGCAUCCUCACUCUGCAUGGCAAAAUCGACGAGGCUCUCGACCAUGUGCGGUCAUUCGUGCAGGACUUCCCGCCUCCGGCGAUCCGCACUCCUCGGCCGUGGACGACGAUUCGGGGCACGCGCACCGUGCUGUUCGCGCCUCGGCCGCUCGUACGCGCCACGACCCCGGUGGAGAUUCCCGAUGAUACCGUGCCGCCGCUGCUUACCUUCGGGGACGUGGACGUUCUGCACCACCGGUUGGUGGCGAUGGGGAGAGGUAAGGAUAUUGGGUACUUGAAGUGGGUUGUCAAGUCCUAUGAGGGCGCACUGAGGAUGAGGAGGGAGAAGGCCAUGAAGAAAGAUGGGAAUUGA